AAAUAUUCUGGGAAUCUACCAUAAACAUACAAUGCUAUUUGCCCUUUUGUACAGAAAAGGAGAUACAGAUAUCCAAAUCAUAUGGGGCUUCAUUUUCAAAACAAGUGUUGUGAGAUCAAUGGAAUAUAACAAUUCUUUGAUCAUGGGUCGUGUGAUCUUGGCCUUUGAUGCAACAAAAGAUCGAAACGAACAGGAGUUUAUGAACGUUAUUAAUGGGAUUAUAUCGAGCCGUGAAGUUCUUCAAAGGGGAGAUACCAUUGUGGUGUUUGGUGUUCUGCAUAAGAUUUCACAUCCCCUUGGUAUCCAACUGCAGAUAGAUGGAGUAAACAUCAGAGCUAUGGAAGAAGAAAUUCAAUUAAAACUCGAUACGUAUGCGAAAAUGCUACUAAGAAGUGCGGUAGAUUGCAAAGAAGUUGGGGUUGAUAUUGAAGUAAAAAUUACUUGUGGAACUCCUAUUAAGAAGAUUAUUCAACAAGAGGCUAUAGCUUGUAAUGCAACAUGGGUGAUCCUUGAUAGGCAACUGAAACGGGAUGUGAAGUUUUACCAAGGUCAAAUCCAUUGCAAUCUUGCUACACUUUCAGAUGACUUGAAAUUAAGGACUUUAAGUACCGAGCCAACUAUCGACACAGAUAGUACAGAAGUCAAAGUCGUUCUCUACAGGUCAAAGCAUGUUCAACUGUCCGCUAAUCCUCAUCCACGGGAUAAUCAAAAUGUCGACCAGACAAGCAUCUCUCAUAGCUACUCGGGGUCAUAUAGUUCUAUUGAAAAUCUAGAAAUGCCUUCAAAGAAAUCUUCUUCCUCUUUAAUGCGCAAAUCCUUUGUUCAAAGUUCCAUGUUGUCUGAUGAUAUUGAAGGUUUAUCAAAGCAACACGUAUCAGCAGGUGGAGCCGGAAAUAAUCACAACAUAUCCUCGCAUAUGAUUGGAACUUCAGGGAAAACUCCUAGACGAAAAAGAUCUACUAAACCCGUUGUGUGCAAUGCUUGUGGGAUGACAACAGAACUGUAUAUCAAUGAAUCCAUCAGAUUCGGUUACGCAGAAAUACAAGAAGCCACAAACUUUUUUUCAGCUGACAACUUGUUAGGUGAAGGAGGUUAUGGUCUAGUUUAUAAGGGUCAACUUAAAGAUGGGCAAAUUAUUGCUGCUAAGGUGCGAAAACAAGCGAGCACACAAGGAUUUGAGGAAUUUCAUUCUGAGGUUUAUGUUUUGGGUUUUGCACGCCAUAGAAAUAUUGUGAUGUUAUUGGGUUAUUGCUGCAAAGAAGAUACUAACAUAUUGGUUUAUGAAUAUAUCUGCAAUCGAUCACUUGAGUGGCAUCUAUUCGAUGAAGCAGCCAAUGUUCUUGAGUGGAAUAAAAGACGAGCAAUUGCAAUAGGAACUGCGAAAGGAUUGCGAUUUCUUCACGAAGAGUGUCGCAGUAGUCCUAUCAUUCACAGGGAUCUUAGACCAAGCAAUAUAUUGCUCACUCAUGACUUUGUGCCAAUGUUAGGUGACUUUGGGCUUGCAAAGUGGAAGACAAAUGAUUCUCCUAUCCAGACUAGAAUCCUUGGUACAUUGGGUUAUCUUGCACCAGAAUAUGCAGAGAAUGGCAUGGUUUCAGUGAGAACAGAUGUUUAUGCAUACGGUAUUACUCUUAUACAGUUAAUAUCAGGACGGAAAGUUGUUAAUCCAAAUAUUGAAGAUUACCAUCAAUCCUUAAGACAAUGGGCCGAGCCAUUAGUUGAGAGCCUUGCAUUGCAUGAUCUAAUCGAUCCACGCCUUGGAGAUUCAUAUGACCCCUACGAACUAUAUCACAUGGCCAAAACAGCAUACUUGUGUGUGAAAGUUGACCCUGAGAAACGUCCAUCCAUGGGAGAGGUUGUGCAGCUUCUUGAAGGGGAGACCGAACAUUUUAAAACAUUGACCGAGCAAUUCAUACCACAUUUUAACCCUUGAUGCACUACCUACUCAACUUCACAUUUACUUAUGAUUAGUGUCCUUUUUGCGGUGCUAGGAAAUCGAAGAUAGAUAACAGUUGCUCAUAUACGGUUCCAUUUAAUCUUUUGAUUCUUAUUGUCGUGAGUACAAAGACAUUUUUUUGUGAUCUAUAGCUAAGGAUUAGAUAACGUUAAGUGUUAUACUAUGAUAUUUAGAUCUUUUGUUGAAAAGAAACGUUUUUUUAUAUCC